ACUGUCACUGGCUGUCGAAUCCAACUCCUAAAGUGGGCUAAAGCCCGGCUGCUUGCUGGGCCUGGCCCAGUCUGAUAAAAAAAAGAGAAAUAUCCAUGAUCCACCGAAUUUCCAAACUCAAAGCGAGGGCGGGAACUUACCAAAUAUCUCCAGUCCCUUAACCUCCCCUCGUAGUUCAAUAGUAAUUACGGAACAAUGCCACUCUCGUAGGCCCUCGACUGAGAGUAGAAGAAGAACCGUCCGGUUGCCACAUGGCCAGGUCAGCGGCGAAGCCAGAGAGGAGGUUUCCUUCCCGGUGGGCCCUACGUUGACGACGUGGAAGGGAAAAGCGAACGCCAACUGGGCCCCAAAACCGAACCGUUUAAAAAGACCUCUCUCCUCUUCCCAAAGACAAAGAGCCCUAGACUAGACUUCAAAGCGCCAAAUCCCCCUCACCACCACCCACACCCACCAAAGGCCAAAACACAGCGCUCUGCUCAUUUCUCUUUGCUCCUCGGAACCGAUCACUCUCUCCGGCGCCGACUCCGGUGAGUCUCGUAUUUUCAUUUCGUUUUUAUUUCCAUUUCCGAUUCUCGUUUCUUGCUCUGGAAUUCCGAUGAGUCUGAUUGAUGGAUGAUCAUCGAUUUGGUACAUGUGUGCUUCGCUGUUGAUUUCCUUAAUCGGUUGCGUUCUGCUGUAACAAUCUCUCCAGGAACCUGUCGCGGGGGUUUAUCUCUCUGGUUCACAGGUGCUAGCUAGGAGCCUUCUCGAUUCUCUUCUUUUAACUCUCUUCUUCGGCGAUUUUUUCCCCCUUUUCUUUUUUCCGUUUUUUGGGGUUUUUACUGUUUGGUGGUUCUGGGUUUUGGACUGUUGAUGGGGUUUCCCAUUUGAAGACGGAUGGAGAAAGAUCGUUCCAGCUAUCUGCGUAACUCUCUGAGACUGUGGUUAUGAUCAGUUUCAUCUUUGCUUCUUGGAUACGAGGGGUUUUGAACCCCGCUUCAUUUCUCGUAAAUUUUGAUUUGUUUUCAAGGGUUCCUAAUUAUUGCUGGUAUGAUUAAGUACUCGUUCCUGUCUCACUGGUUCUGUAGCGGAGAGAAGAUUGUUAUGCGUCAUUCUAUGAUUUUCUCAUCCUUCUUCUGUUGUAGAAAUGUUGUUUCUCUUGCUACUGGUUUGCCUUCUGUUCGCAAAUGAGAAUAUGAUUUCUAGACUGUGAAAGAGAUUCAAUACCGGUCAGGGUGUUUCUCCUUCUUGAAUUUUGGUUAUGCACUCUUAAUCCAGUGCUCUUUUUUUUUAUUAUAUGUUUUAGAACAAGUCAUGCAAUGGCAAGCCGGAGAAUGAAUCAAGGACAAGAAGUGUGGUUUCCAACUUCUGCUCCUGAUCUGAAUGAAGAAAUUGAAUCCAUUGAUCUAAAUCAUUCAGCCAGUCUAACUGGUAGAGCCCGAAAUACGUUGUCUCUAUUCCCUGAUGUCCCAGACGCAUAUGCACUGUCAAUGCCUCAAAAUCAUGUUGAAGGGGCCCCAAAGUCUGAGUUCAGUAUGCCUCCGUGUUCCCAGACAGACGUUAAGCCUAUGACGUUGCCUCAAAAUUAUCUCCAUGAGGGGUCGCUGCCUGCCACAUCAACAGCUGGUAUCCCAUUUUUUGAGGAGAAUGUGAAUCGGUACAAUCGGUACCCUUAUCUUGAGAAUGCCAUGAUUCCAGAAGACAAGAUGAUGGCUUUUCCACAGAUCAAUGAUCCUGAGAAGUCCAGAAUCGGGUGGAGUACUAUGGCGGGAACACAUUUCACGGACCGAGGCUCGCUAGUACAUGAUGUCAGUGGUGGUUCAACUAUUGACACAAAGACUAGACCUGGAAUACGUGCUAAUGAAUCGGUUCAGGCUGAGAUGCAUUCUGAAAAUGUUCCAACUCUUGGACUCGGAGCAGGAUCUUACAUGGAGAAUAGGCCUAGAGAUGCCAUUUCCAGUGUAGGCAGCACUGGGGCGAUUGUCACUGAUAGAAGGGCCUUCAGUUUGUAUGAUAUGGGUUUUUCUAACUUUGGGAAUGAUCUGGACAUAUUUACCCGUUCACAACCAAACGUGGGUGGAGUUGCAUUUCAGAGUGGAUUGUCCACUCAUCAUAAUGAAGUCCCUCGUAGAGCUCAGAACAUCGAUAAUCAAAGGCUACUACAGAAUUUCAGUGCAUUUCCUCAACCAGCUGAAAAUGCAAUGCUUCAAAUUGAAAACUUUCGUGGAUUUCCCAACAACCUACAGAACAUGGGUUUCUCUUCCAGAAUACCACAAAACAGUGAUGCUGACACCCUUGCACCAUUUGUAUUCGAGCCCCAUGCUUAUCAGAUUCCAUCCAAUUGGGAUCUGGAACUUCAAGGGAAUAGAGCUGCACCAGCAUCAGAAGAUAGUUACGCUACCGAUGGCUUUUGGGGCUCUUUAGCUGAGCUUCCAGGACUACAUAACAGUAACCAGGUUAGUUUUCCUGGUGAUUAUGAACAGUCUGGUUUGGCUAGGUUCCCGUCGUCAAACUCAAAUCCAUCGAUGCACAGAGGCAUGCAAUCUGAUUCCUACCAAACAAAGAAUCCUUAUUUAGGGUCUCAUAAUGACUUCUCACCGGGGUCCUAUUUCAACUCUCCUUCUAUGGGAGUUACAAGAAGCAUCAACAAUAGCCAGGAGUUGACAGGUGAUUUUGGUUUGCCUCAAGCCAUUGCUCCAGUACAGCCAUCAAGAGGUCCACCUACAACAACUUAUAGAGCUGGUAUCUCAAGUACACCUCCCAAUCUUGUAUCUAAUGUUCCUCCUGCUGCUGCAUCUGGUAGUGUUUCUGUUGGACCAUCUCGGAAAAGGAGCAUGCUGGAAUCUCGAUCUGAUACUGCACAAGCUGCACGCAGAAAAAGAUCGAUUAGCAAUUUGGUUCAAUCAUCACCAUCCAGUGCUACUGCUUCAGUAACAUCUCCUGGUUGGAAUGCCCCAUUCGGCACGUCAUACAAUUUGGGAACUCCGUUGUAUCCACCUCAAACUUCAACUGCUGCUGCCUUGCAUCGAGCACAAGUUCCAACUGCUGGCUUUCAUCCACCCCAAGUUUCAACUGUUGCUGUACAUCCACCUCAAGCUUCAAGAAAAGCUUUACCUCAGUCCCGAGUUCCAGCUGUUCCUUCACAUCAAGCACCAACAGUUGUUCGCCGUUCACCUCAAGCACCAACAGUUGCACACCGUCAACUUCAAGCACCAACAGUUGCACACCGUCCGCCGCAAGCUCCAAGAGUAGAUGUUCCACAAUCUCAAGCUUCAUCUGUUCCUUUGCAUCCACCAGCUAGGGCGCCAACCGUUGCUAAUCGUCCGCCUCGAGGUCCAACUGUGUCGCGCACUCUACCCUCAACUAGAAGUAUGGAGCACAUAAGGUGGCAAGGUCCGGAAGGGGAUCCAGCACCAAGCGAAUUCAAGUGUCUGCUAUGCAAGAGGGAUCUUCCAUUCUCACCGGAAGGCGCCAUGACUGUGCCGAGAAAUCCACCACCCGUAUCUGUACUGCCAUGUCACCACCAGUUUCAUACCUACUGCUUGGAACUCAUAACACCUCGAGAACAAGCAUCGAAUCCUCCGUGCCUGCCUUGUGCCAUGGGUGAUACCAUCAAAUAGUUAGUUGUAGUAGUUAUUCUCUUAGUCUCUAAUGUUUUGAGGGAACAAGAAACAAAGUCCUUUCUUUUACUGUGAAAAUUUUGUAGCAGCGGGUAGUCAGUCAUAUAUGGGAUACAGAGGGUAGGGAGAUUGACUGGGGGAAGGUGAAAAGCUGUAGAUAAGAUAGCUGCUGCCGGGAUGUGGGGUUCUGAAAGGGAAAACCACCUCAGGCGAUUGAUUUUGCUGACCAAUUCAUGAGACAUCUCAGUGCUCUAUGUUCUCGUUUGGUUGUCUUCUUUGCACCCAGAGAGGUUUCUUGUUGGUUACGGUUCCAUUUUCUUGAUCCUCAAGGUAACGGCGGAUGGCUCGUUGAAAUGGAACAAAAUUGCAGAAGAGUACUGUGCUCACCAAUAAGGAUGGAAACACUGAAAUCCCGAAUACUAAAUAGUACCCUAAACUCAAUAUCAAUCCCAAAAUUAAUUCGGUAACUCAAUCGUUAAAAUUUUAUUUUGUAUCUUAUAUACCAGAUACCAAAUUAAUUUUCUUCAAAAUUACUAAUCAAAUAUACAAACGCAUAUACUAGUUCUACAAAUCAUCUCAAAAUAUAUAAAAAUUAACAAUGGUGUGGUGCCAACACUCGUACGAAACAAACGAUAAAAAUCUCAGGUUAUUACACUAGAAAAAUACAGUGUCUAGCAAGCACUGCACAUCAACAAACUAAGGUAACAAACAAACGGUAACUUGGAACGCCUAAGAAACCCACAAUUAUACUACAAAUGACAAAAUGAACUUGAUAUGGGUUGUCAAAUAACGAGAGAAUGAGCUAUGUAGCGAGUUUAUUUGAGAGGGAUAAAAUGUACACUUGCUUGUAUUUCGAUAUUAAUCGAUAUUUCGGUAUAUACCGAUCUCAAUCCCAUAAUUGCUAAUAAUACCAAAUAACACUUGAAAUUCAAUUUAAUCUCUAUCCCAACAAAUAAUAUGUGUAUUCAGUAAUACCAAAUAUCAACAAAUAUAAUAUGAUAUUCGGUAAAUCCAUAUACCUGUACCAAACUUACAACCAAGAAAGUGUAAUCAAACACCAAAAUGAAAGACUAAAUUCAUGUAACUAGUUUAUCUUUUUUGAAAGUCCUGUAACUAGUUGAUUAUCUAAGUCUUAAAUAAACCAUAUUUCAUCCACUUAAAAGAAUAAAAAAAAAAUUAUCUCAUCGACUUCUUGUAGGAUAAAAUAUAUUAAAAAAAACUCCUCAGUAAUUGACGCGUAUUCUGUGGGUUGGGUCUAAUCAUGCUUGAUUCUUAUAUGGGUCAAAAGGCCCAACAAUAUUUUCUCGGAAAUACGUUUUGUAACAUCCGCAAUACAAAUUCGUAUCCACUAGAGUUUUCUUUUUUGAGGAAUGGAAUAAAUGGAUAAUUCUCUUUGGUAGUUGGAAUCUUACUUACCGAUCCUUUUUUAUAAAAAUAAAUAAAUAAUAUUCAUAAUAUGUCAACAUUAGCGUGCCCUUAAUACAAAAGUCAGCUAAGCUCAUAUUUACCGUAAACAACAAAAAGAAAUGGAAGUUAAAUGGGAUACAUGAUACAUCAAUAUUUUGAAUAUCACACUAGUGAAGUAGUGAUUGAGGAGGAGUGGUUGAUUAUUCUAGUGUUGGAUAUUGUCGAGGCGAUUCGAGUUAGUGUUGGAGAUCUGAGUGACGAUUGAUGAUGAAGGGAGCGACAACAAUAGUCGAGAUUGCACCAGCCAUGACGAAGAGGGAUUCAUUGGUUUCAAGUUUUCUGAAGCAUAUCAGAAUACUUAUAAAGUUGACCACAACUAUUAUGAAGCAUACAAUAAAACUUAGGCGAGAUUAUAAAACACCACAAAUCAUACCCUAAAUCUCAUAAAAUAUGCCAGAAUCCUCAUAAAGUAGAUGAGGAAAAUGUAGUAGAAAGCACCACAAAUAGUACAAAAGUCAUCACAUCAAAGCUCAUAAGGUAGACAAAAAAAACCUAAUAUACCUGACCACAAGUU